UCGAGAAAUGGCGCCGUUACGCAGUCUCGCAGUCGUUACUGGCUUAGCUCUUCUGACGUCGGCUCGACAGAUCCCCACAGUCGACGGCGUGAUUGGUGGUGUGCCAACUGCAACGUCCACUGUCGGUGCAUCUCGCAUCGUCGAAGAUGUUGUACAAGUUUCUGGAACCCCAGUUCCAGGUAAAAUGCGAUUCAUAACGAAUUCUGGCGUCUGUGAAACGACGAAAGGCGUGUUUCAAGCGUCGGGCUAUGCUGACCUUACGACGAACCAGAGCAUGUGGUGGUGGUUCUUUGCGGCCCGGAACAAUCCUGAGUCAGCUCCCCUCGCAAUCUGGCUGAAUGGUGGUCCCGGAUCCUCUUCCAUGAUCGGUCUUUUCCAAGAAAAUGGACCAUGCAGAAUUAAUACAGACGAGAAAACGCUAUCGCUAAAUCCUUUCUCAUGGAAUAAUAACGCAAAUAUGCUUUACAUUGAUCAGCCGAUCGGUGUCGGUUACUCGCAUGGAGACCUUGAGGUUUCGGGCGCGAAGCAAGCUGCAGAAGCUGUUUGGAAAAUGCUCCAAAUCUUCUUUUCGAAUCCAACAUUCUCGUCGCUGGCAAAGCGUGAUUUUGCGCUUUGGACAGAGUCUUAUGGCGGCCAUUAUGGCCCCGCUUUUGCGCACUAUUUCCUCGAACAGAAUGACGCGAUAGCCGCAGGCGCUAUUUCUGGUUUUACCAUCAACCUUAAGACGCUCGGCGUGGGUAACGGUCUGACAGACCCACUGAACCAGUACCCGCAAUAUAUGGAGUAUGCAGCGUCUAAUCCAUACGAGCAAACUGUCUCGACUAGUGUCAUUACCAAAGCAAAUAAUUCAUUCUACACUAAAGGCGGAUGUCAAUCACUGAUCGAGGGGUGCUACAACACUGCUUCGACUUCCACAUGCUCGCAGGCUCAGUCGGUCUGCAAUAGCAACAUUCUAUCACCUCUUGCGGGGAACAGAGACGUGUAUGACGUACGACAGCCAUCUGAUGAUCCAUACCCUCCAGCACUUAUGCCUCUCCUGUCGAGCACAUCAUUCAUGAACUCUAUUGGAGCGGAAUCCACGUGGCAGGAGUCAAAUGGUGAUGUAUAUGACAACUUCGCUAGAACGGGCGACUGGAUGCUCAACUCCGCGCCUGAUCUGGCGGCUGUCGUUGAUGCUGGUGUCCGUACGGUUAUUUAUGAUGGCGAUGCAGAUUACAUAUGUAAUUUCAAAGGUGUCGAAGCAAUGGUCGACCACCUUCAAACUGAAUUCAGCACUCUGUACCACCAAGAAUCCUUCACAAACUACACCGUAGCAGGACAUCCAGCUGGUCUUGUCAAGAAUGCAGGAACGUUUUCGUAUAUUCGUGUUUUCGGCGCGGGACAUGAGGUUCCUGCGUACAACUUUACGGGACUUGCGAUUGGUCAGGCUGCUGCACAGUUCUUUGAACAAGCUAUGAGAGGAGAGCCGUUGACUUCUACGUAAGAGGACGACCUGCUCCGAUGCCAUGUCAAAUGUUCUACUCGGGUUUCUUUGUUAGGAAGUGUAGUACGAAUGAGCCAUAGGCUGUGUUAAGUACUUGCGCUACAGAGCAAUGUAUGAUGUUAGUAUGUAGAAACGCCAGCCUUGUCCCUUUAUAAGGACGAGCAUACCUUCGC